AUGGGAAAAGGAACCAAGAAGGUAGGGAUUGCAGGAUCUUUUGGAGCAAGAUAUGGAUCGACACUCCGUAAAAGAAUGAAGGCAGUUCUUGAAACACAGAGAGCUAAGUACAGCUGCGAGGCAUGUGGAAAGAAGAGGGUAAGGAGAGAAGCUGUUGGGAUAUGGAAGUGCAGAUCAUGCAGACGUAUUUUUGCAGGUGGGUCUUAUGUCACAUCCACGCCUGCCGGAAAGAUUUUCAUUAACAUGGUCAAGCAGCACAAUGCGAAAUAA